GGCCUUGGCUCCAGUAUUUCCUAGCGAUCAACCAGUAAUUUCCCCUCUAACGGCAUGCUCACCAGCCCGGCCCCAGUAACAAACAGCCCGAGGCCAGAAAAAAUAAAGACCCUAGCAGCUGGAGCCCAAAAAGAGAGCGAUAAUGUCUCUCACCCCUCCCCGAGUGAUUGUCUUCUCACACCGACAAGUCAAACCACACGACAGCGCCCACCCCCAAUCCAUCCAUAUCCAUCCAUCCAUCGCCGCUCGUCGUUUUUUCUGCACCACCACUCCAAGGACCGCCCCACGAUCCAGUAAGUUCAGCGUCUUCCUGUCUCUUGCCCGAGUCUGUCUAGAUUCCGCUGUUUGCUGCUUGUAUAUUCCCGAUCCUCCUCUUGAUGGUCUCUUCAAGAAACUCCCGUCUCACGUUGUCGCCGCCCGAUCACCAAAUUCGCCGUCAUGCUAUUACCCCGUUGAUCUGCCUCGUGACGGCUCUGAAUCAACUAUCGACGUAUAGCAUAGCAUAGCUGGUCAUAACGGGUGAUGGCGGCAGCCUGGAACGGGGGUGCUUACAAGCUUGAAGGACUAUCCAGGACUCCCGAUGAUGGUGAUGACGGAGUUGCGUUGUUGGAUGUGCUCUUGGCCGUUGCCUCGAUCAUUCCCUUAGGUGUCCUUUCGCGAUACUCCAUAAAGCCAUCCCGCCUCCACCAUCACCAAAACAUCCAACCUCCUGCUCCUCCCUUGGCUAGACGUCUCCCAUAUAUUGUCUCAGCCUGUCUGUGGCCUUUGUCUCUUCCCUCUUUAUCUCAUCCCCCUUUUACACCUCGCCACGUCGUCUUCCCUCAACAUCUUUCCACAGCAUCGCUGACCUUGCGCCUUCGCCUUUAGGACUUCUUUUUCUACACCUAGACACACAGGCCUCGAAGCCGUAAACCGCAAUCAUGGGUCUCGCUUUCUCAAAGCUCUUCGACCGACUGUGGGGGAAGAAGGAGAUGCGAAUUCUGAUGGUUGGUCUUGAUGCCGCUGGUAAAACCACCAUCCUCUACAAGCUUAAGCUUGGCGAGAUUGUCACCACCAUCCCCACUAUCGGCUUCAAUGUCGAGACUGUAGAGUACAAGAACAUUCAAUUCACUGUGUGGGAUGUCGGUGGUCAGGACAAGAUUCGUCCUCUGUGGAGACACUACUUCCAGAACACUCAGGGUAUCAUCUUCGUCGUUGACUCCAACGAUCGCGAUCGUAUUGUUGAGGCACGAGAGGAGCUCCAGCGCAUGCUCAACGAGGACGAGCUUCGCGAUGCUAUCCUGCUUGUUUUCGCCAACAAGCAGGAUCUUCCCAACGCCAUGAACGCCGCCGAGAUCACAGACAAGCUUGGUCUCCACAGCCUGCGACAACGCGCCUGGUACAUCCAGUCCACCUGUGCCACCUCCGGUGACGGUCUCUAUGAGGGUCUUGAGUGGCUCGCCAACACCCUCCGAAAGGCGGGUCACCAGUAGAAAGAUGACGAGAGGUCUCUCCAUAAAAACUCGCUUUUUCUCUCCUGCUCUGCCAUAUACUCUCAAAUGGCUCUUUGUCUCGACUCGAGGUUUCGGUUGUAAUUUGCAAAGUUAUCGGUCAACCAAUCGAAGAUAAAUCCUUGAACCAAAGUCACGUCUAUUCACGUUUUCUGUUUAAGCAACCUCUUUUAACGCUUCCUUUCUCUCUCAAUGGUGCUUCACUGUGAGUCUUCUGGUCAACAACAUCUGCUUGCCAUCGCUAGCGUCAGCUCGCUUCCUGAGGACUACAGAACGUGCUUUCUCUUUUUUUCUUCUUGGAGGAAAAGUCGGGUGAUGAUGGGAGGCGUCUUAUGGGGAUCCUCGGGAUAUUUGUACAGUCGUCAAUCGGGUGUUGUUUGCUCUUUGAAAAGAAUGCAUCCUCGCUGAUUUUACAAUACUCUCGCAAACCGUGGCGCACUGGUAUAUCUAUCGUUUGUUAAUUUCUUUCUUUCCCAUGUCACUUACCUUGGAGAACAUGACCAUGAUGAGCAACUCAAGUAACGAGGGUUAUAAACGAGGCAUGAAUUGGGCCACCGCAAGUUGGGGCUGUUGUAGAGAUUCUAUAUGUUUUAUUCCAAACCUUUAGUGAAACCACGAGCUUGGUUGAUGUGAGUGACACACGGUCUCCAGUCUUUUGGCUAAGAGGAAUAGAGGUUUUUGUUUAGAAUGUUGGCUUUAAUCUUGAACGGAAGACAAUUUAGAAGGCCAGACGUGACUGGAACGGACCUAUAACAAGUCGUCUCGAGGAUCGCAAAAUUCUGCAUUGCAUCAAAGGCUUGACCCACAAUGUUCCAAACAGAAUCAACUCUACCAGUAGUAUGAAAUAUGACAUCCUUAAGUGCGGUUUGAGAUGGGUUGAUCUCAAUUGAGUGGUUAUGCAUUAUUUGGUGUUUAGCUACAUUCUACAAUGCUUAUACGCUUCUGUUAAUACAAACUGUCCGAAUUAGACAUGAAAUACAU